CAGGCGGGCUCCCCAGACCAGGAGGGCUUCUUCAACCUGCUGAGCCACGUACAGGGCGGCCGCAUGGAGGAACAGCGCUGCUCACUGCAGGCAGGGCCGGGCCAGGCCCCCGAGAGCCGUGAGAGCGGCCCUGCGCCCGAGAUGGACAGCCUAAUGGACAUGCUGGCCAGCACCCAGGGCCGCCGUAUGGAUGACCAGCGUGCGAUGGUCAGCGCCCUGCCUGGCUUCCAGCCCGUGGGGCCCAAGGAUGGGGCACAGAAGCGAGCCGGGACUCUCAGCCCCCAACCCCUCCUCACCCCUCAAGACCCGACUGCUCUCAGCUUCCGGCGGAACAGCAGCCCCCAGCCCCAGACACAAGCCCCCUGAGGACCUGAGAAGUCCCGGGCCCCACUCGGCCCCUGAAUGCAAAGAAUAAAACACUU